AUGAGGCGGCAUUGGAAGACAAAUGCUCUAAUCCUUUCCUUUUGCUGUACAGGAGUUGUUCUUUGGAUCAUUUAUCGAAAUAAUGAUCCAAUCCAAACAUAUACACAGGAAAAAAGGAAAGUGAACGUCAUGGAAAAAAUAAACAAAACCCCCAAAACACAACUCAACAAAAAGCUGAUGGAACCUCACGGAAAGCUACAAAAUACAAAAAAUAUCACAAAUGCAAAGCUUCAAAAAAAUUUGUUGCAACCACAUACAAAUAUUCAUCAUACAAAAAACAAAAACAAACGUUAUUCACACGGAGAGGAUAAAACGAUGCAUAUCAAAGAUUAUCUUGUGGCUCCUUACCCCUAUCACGAAGUUCAAAACGCAAAAGAAAGAUAUUCCCAGGCCAAUCAGGACCAAGUCGUAUACGACAUACUUCAGAAAAAAGGCGGGUUCUUUGUGGAAUUGGGAGCUUAUGAUGGGCAGUUAUAUUCAAACUCAUUGUGGCUUGAAAGGCAACACAGGUGGACAGGUCUUCUUAUCGAGGCUAACCCAGAAUUAUGUCGAAAAAUCGAUCAACUGAAACGAAAUGCAUGGAGACUCUGCGCAUGCGUUUCAAAUACUUUGGAAAAAGUAACUUUUAUAAAGGGUGGUGCGCUGGGUGGUGUGGAGAGUCACAUCGACAAACAUCACAUAAAAAUGUUAAACAGAACCGACCAAGUUAUUGUCCCUUGUUUUAGUUUGGAAGGUGUGCUUAAUGAAAUAAACACCUAUCAUAUAGAUUUUUAUUCCCUAGAUGUUGAAGGAGCGGAGAUGGCGGUACUUGAGUCUUUGAGAGAUGGACUCAAAUCACACCGCUUUACGGUGGAUGUGUGGUCGAUUGAGUAUCGCGUGUGGGACGGUAAACAAGUUGUUUAUAAAAAAAUCUUUGGAUAAUUUAAAUUCUCUAAGACGGUAUUUUAAGGAAAUUGGGGGUUAUAGUGAACACUCACAGUUAUCAAACGAUGGAAACGUCAAUGAUGGUUAUGCAUUGGAUGUAGUGUUUGUACGAAAUGAA